UCGUCUCGCCAUGUCCGGGGACGGCGGCAGCAGGCACACGGCGGAGCUGCGAGCGGAGCUCUACUUCCUCAUCGCUCGCUUUUUGGAGGACGGACCCUGCCAGCAAGCGGCUCAGGUCCUGAUCCGAGAAGUGGCGGAGAAAGAGCUGCUGCCCAAGCGUACGGACUGGACGGGCAAGGAGCAUCCCCGGAGCUACGAGAACCUGGUGAAAUAUUACAGACACUUGGCACCUGAUCACUUGCUUCAAAUAUGCCAUCGACUUGGACCACUUCUAGAGCAAGAAAUUCCCCAAAGUGUCCCUGGAGUGCAGACGUUAUUAGGAGCUGGCAGACAGUCUUUGCUUCGUACAAACAAAAGUUGCAAACAUGUUGUAUGGAAGGGAUCUGCUCUUGCUGCGCUACAUUGUGGGAGGCCUCCAGAGUCUCCUGUAAAUUACGGCAGUCCACCUAGUAUAGUGGAUACGCUGUUUUCAAGAAAACUAAAUGGAAAAUACAGACUUGAACGCCUUGUUCCAACUGCAGUUUAUCAACAUAUGAAGAUGCACAAACGAAUUUUAGGACACUUGUCUUCUGUAUACUGUGUAACUUUUGAUCGGACUGGCAGGCGAAUAUUUACUGGAUCAGAUGAUUGCCUUGUAAAAAUCUGGGCAACAGAUGAUGGAAGGUUGUUGGCUACCCUGAGAGGGCAUGCAGCUGAAAUAUCUGAUAUGGCAGUGAACUAUGAAAACACCAUGAUAGCUGCUGGAAGCUGUGAUAAAAUGAUCAGAGUUUGGUGCCUUCGAACUUGUGCACCCUUAGCAGUUCUGCAGGGCCACAGUGCAUCUAUAACAUCAUUGCAGUUCUCUCCACUGUGCAGUGGCUCAAAGAGAUACUUAUCUUCAACCGGGGCAGAUGGAACAAUAUGCUUUUGGCUGUGGGAUGCUGGCACCCUUAAAAUAAAUCCAAGGCCAACAAAGUUUACAGAACGCCCUCGGCCCGGAGUCCAAAUGAUCUGUUCUUCUUUUAGUGCUGGUGGAAUGUUUUUGGCCACUGGGAGUACAGAUCACAUCAUUAGGGUUUAUUUCUUUGGAUCAGGUCAGCCAGAGAAGAUCUCAGAGUUGGAGUUUCAUACUGACAAAGUUGACAGCAUUCAGUUUUCUAAUAGUAGUAGCAGAUUUGUGAGUGGAAGCCGUGAUGGAACAGCACGAAUCUGGCAAUUUAAGCGAAGGGAAUGGAAAAGCAUUUUGUUAGAUAUGGCUACUCGCCCAGCAGGACAAAGUUUACAAGGAGUUGAAGAUAAAAUCACAAAGCUGAAAGUGACCAUGGUGGCAUGGGACCGCCAUGACAACUCUGUUAUAACUGCAGUAAAUAACAUGACUCUGAAAGUUUGGAAUUCUUUCACUGGCCAACUCAUUCAUAUUCUCAUGGGACAUGAAGAUGAAGUGUUUGUACUUGAACCUCAUCCGUUUGAUCCAAGAGUUCUCUUCUCUGCUGGACAUGAUGGGAAUGUCAUAGUUUGGGAUUUGGCAAGAGGGGUCAAAAUCCGGUCUUACUUCAACAUGAUUGAAGGACAAGGACAUGGUGCAGUUUUUGACUGCAAGUGCUCUCCUGAUGGACAGCAUUUUGCAUGUACUGAUUCUCACGGUCACCUUCUGAUUUUUGGCUUUGGUUCCAGUAGCAAAUAUGACAAGAUAGCAGAUCAGAUGUUCUUUCAUAGUGAUUAUCGGCCCCUUAUCCGUGAUGCCAACAACUUUGUCCUGGAUGAACAGACACAGCAGGCUCCACACCUUAUGCCUCCCCCAUUUUUGGUUGAUGUGGAUGGCAACCCUCAUCCUGCAAGGUAUCAAAGACUAGUUCCUGGUCGUGAGAACUGCAGGGAGGAACAGCUUAUUCCUCAGAUGGGAGUGACGUCUUCAGGAUUGAAUCAAGUUCUUAGUCAACAAGCAAAUCAAGAAGUUAGUCCAUUGGAUAGCAUGAUUCAAAGACUUCAACAAGAGCAGGACCAGAGACGUUCUGGGGAGGCAGGAACCAGUAGUACCAGCCGGAUAAGCAGAGGGUCUGUAAGUUCUACCUCAGAAGUACAUUCACCACCAAAUAUAGGAUUAAGACGUAGUGGACAAAUUGAAGGUGUGCGUCAGAUGCAUAGCAACGCACCAAGAAGUGAAAUAGCCACUGAGCGGGACCUUGUGGCUUGGAGUCGAAGGGUUGUAGUGCCUGAACUGUCUUCUGGUGUGGCCAGUAGGCAGGAAGAAUGGAGAACAGCAAAGGGAGAAGAAGAAGUAAGGGUGUAUCGAUCGGAAGAGAAAAGAAAACAUGUAACGAGUCAUAUUCAACGAGAAAACAAAAUACCUGCUUUCUCUAAGAACCAUUGUCAUGAUCAUUUACUAGACACUAGCGACUCAAGAAAACAGCAAGCUAAUCAGCACAACUACCGUACGAGAUACGCAGUAGAAGAAACUACAACUGCAAGACCUGCUGAAGAGUUAGAAAAUGGACACAGUUCUUCAGAUGAAGGGGAAGUAGUUGUUGCCAGUGGUGGAACAUCAGAAGAUGAUGAAAGAGCAUGGCACAGUGAUGGCAGUUCUAGUGACUACUCUAGUGAUUAUUCUGACUGGACGGCAGAUGCAGGAAUCAAUUUGCAACCACCAAAGAAAAUUCCUAAAAUUAAAACAAAGAAAGCAGAAAGUAGUUCUGAGGAUGAAGAAGGACCUGAAAAACAAAAGAAGCAAAUUAAAAAGGAAAGGAAAAAAGGGAUUGAGGAGAAAGAUGGACCAUCAACAUCACCAAAGAAGAGGAAACCCAAAGAGAGAAAACAAAAGAGGCUGGCUGUAGGAGUUCUGGCAGAAAAUGGUUUGACACUGGAAGAAUGGCUGCCUUCAGCAUGGAUUACAGACACCAUCCCUCGUCGGUGCCCGUUUGUGCCACAGAUGGGAGAUGAGGUCUACUAUUUCCGACAAGGUCAUGAAGCCUACGUUGUAAUGGCUAAGAAGAACAAAAUAUAUAGUAUUAAUCCCAAGAAACAACCAUGGCAUAAAAUGGAAUUACGGGAGCAAGAGCUGAUGAAAAUAGUUGGGAUUAAGUAUGAAGUGGGAUUGCCUACUCUCUGCUGUCUUAAACUAGCUUUUCUUGACCCUGAUACGGGUAAACUAACUGGAGGAUCAUUCACCAUGAAGUACCAUGAUAUGCCAGAUGUCAUAGAUUUCCUAGUUUUGAGGCAGCAGUUUGAUGAUGCAAAACAUAGACGAUGGAAUAUAGGUGAUCGUUUCAGGUCAGUAAUAGAUGAUGCUUGGUGGUUUGGAACAAUUGAGAGCCAGGAACCGCUUCAGCCUGAUUAUCCUGAUAGCUUAUUUCAGUGCUACAAUGUCUGCUGGGACAAUGGUGAUACUGAGAAGAUGAGCCCUUGGGACAUGGAGCUGAUACCGAGUAAUGCUGUAUUUCCAGAAGAACUGGGAACUAGUGUUCCUUUAACAGAUGAUGAACGUAGAACGCUGCUCUACAAACCUCUGGAUGGAGAGUGGGGUUCCAGGACCCGAGACGAGGAGUGCGACAGAAUUAUUGCAGGGAUAAACCAACUCAUGACUCUAGAUAUUGCUUCUGCAUUUGUGGCACCUGUGGAUCUUCAAGCUUACCCAAUGUAUUGCACUGUUGUGGCAUAUCCCACAGACCUCAGUACCAUUAAACAAAGACUGGAAAGCAGAUUUUACAGGCGCCUUUCUUCGUUAAUGUGGGAAGUCCGGUACAUAGAACAUAAUACUCGCACAUUUAAUGAACCCGGAAGUCCUAUUGUCAAAUCUGCCAAAUUUGUCACAGAUCUUCUGCUACACUUCAUAAAAGACCAGAGUUGCUAUGACAUAAUUCCAUUAUACAAUGCAAUGAAGAAGAAAGUCUUGUCUGACUCUGAUGAGGAAGAAGAGAAAGAUACAAAUGUGCCAGGAACUUCCACUAGAAAAAGAAAGGAUCAUCAGCCAAAGCGGCGGCUACGUAAUAGAGCUCAGUCAUAUGACAUUCAAUCAUGGAAGAAGCAAUGCCAGGAGCUGCUGAAUCUCAUUUUUCAGUGCGAAGACUCUGAACCGUUUCGACAACCAGUGGAUCUCCUUGAAUAUCCAGAUUAUAGAGAUAUUAUUGACACUCCUAUGGAUUUUGCUACUGUUAGAGAAACACUGGAAGCUGGCAACUAUGAGUCACCGAUGGAGUUAUGUAAAGAUGUGAGACUUAUUUUCAGCAAUUCCAAGGCCUAUACACCAAGUAAAAGAUCAAGGAUCUACAGCAUGAGUUUGCGCCUUUCUGCUUUCUUUGAAGAACACAUAAGUUCUAUUUUAUCGGAUUAUAAAUCUGCCCUACGCUUUCAUAAAAGAAAUACAAUAAAGAAACGAAGGAAAAAAAGAAGUAGAAGCAGCUCAGUUUCCAGUAGUGUUGCGUCCAGCCCUGAAAGGAAGAGGAGAUUAAUAAAACCUCAGCUGAAGGCAGAAACUUCUGCCACUUCUUCAUCUUCUGCACCUGCACGGUCAACAGCACUGAGACAUGCUCCACCUCAGAUGAAUGGAAAAGCGGCUGAAACCUCUUCCCUUGUGCGGACUAGAAGCAAUAGGGGGAUAACAGAUGUGGCUGUUACAGAGCAACCAUCUACUUCUUCAGGAGCAAAGCCUUUAACAAUAAAGCCUUUAAUUACAAAACCUAAUACUACUGCAGGGUCAGGAAAGUCAGUACUGGAGAAUUCAACCAAACAUUCCAAGAACCAGAAUAUUGUAUCAAUCCCUAGUCAAUCUGAUUACAGUCAUAACACUAGGAAUAACUCCACAAGAGAAAAUCCCGAGAAAGAGAAGCAAAUCAAGCGCAAAGUAAAAUCUUCCACUAUACCAAAUAGGAGUCUGUUAUGUGAUAAGUACUCUCUUUUCUUUACAGCAGAUUGCAAGAAUAAUGCUUUGGCAUCAGGAAGCAUUCAGGUAAAUGGACAUGGAGGACAGCCUUCGAAACCUCCAGUUAAAAGAGGUCCUGGACGGAAACCGAAGGUGGAGACUAAUAACAGUAGCUGUGAGGUGGUGCACAAGAAAAGAGGCAGAAAACCAAAAAAGCUACAAAUUGUUGAACAGCAAAAGGUUGCAGAGCAGAAUACAAUCCAGACCGCAAGGGAUAUACCAGAAGAGGCCUCUGCUUCUACUGCAUGCAAUUCUCUUUCUGAAAAUAAUAUGAAGGAAGACUUGUUACAAAAAAAAGGCCGUGGGGGUAGAAAGCCAAAAAGGAAGAUAAAGACCCAUCAGCCAGGCUCGGACCUCUUAGUUCCUGUGAAUGUUAAAAUGCAAACAAGAAGCAGGAGGAAAAAGAUAGAUGAGCCUAUGGAGGAGGGGUCUGAAGAGCUUAAAGAUUCUGAACCUCACAUGAGAACUAGAAACCAGGGUAGGAGGACAGCCUUUUACAAUGAAGAUGACUCUGAGGAAGAGCAAAGGCAGCUAUUGUUUGAAGACACCUCCUUAACUUUUGGAACAUCUAGCAGAGGCAGAGUCCGAAAGUUGACUGAAAAAGCAAAAGCUAAUUUAAUUGGUUGGUAAUUUUUACCAAGGGUUUUACUUCAGAAUGCUAUGAAGCAGGUACAGUUAAGGAACAGCAGAACAGACUUCUGCUUCCCUGCUGCUAUUAUGGGUUAGAAGAAUAUGUUCUGAUUUGGGGAGAAAAAUUUAGCAAAAAAUAAACUGAAAAAACAUUCUUUGAAAGAAAUAUAUAUUUUAAACUUUUGCUAUUUAUUGCCCUCCAAAUAGGUUAUGCAUUUCAACAGUCAUUUUGUUCACAGUUGAGAAUAAUUGAAGCAAUUUCUGACUGACGUACAGAGUUGAGAACUACUCUGCUCGAGUAGUGUGUAGUAUCUCUACACAAUUAAAAAAAGGUGAUAAAACUUUCAAUGCCACAAACUGAAAACAGAAGUCUAUUUUUGACCAAGCAAGGUACACUUUGAUUGUAAAGUCAAGUUGCCUAGGAAGGCAGAUUUUGGCAAAAAGUGGCAGUAAAUUCACUUACAUUUCUAUUAAAUACAAAAAUACCAAACUUUGCUGAUCUGAAAAUGCUUAAUUUCAGUUGUGAUGGAACGUUCAACUGCAAAAGAAGCCUAGCACAGGCUGUUGGUUUAUCCAAGUUCUGCCAAACAUAGCAAAAAUGUAAUCGCAAAUAUAUAUAUAUAUAUCCACAUUGGAAAAAGUUUGACUAAUGUCUAAUUUUUCAGACCUUGAUUCUUGUAUCAAUCACUAAAUCUCUGUUUAUUGUGCCAAAGACUGAGAAUCAGUGCAGUGGAAAGCCUUUUUUUCUUUUUGAGUGUCAGUACAGCAUACCAUUUGCAGUGAUAAAAGCUGUGUAUUGUUUUAAAUAGUAAGUUGUUAACAUUGUUCUGAAAUGUAUCCUUUUUGGUACUUUUGGUAGAAAAUAAUGCACUGGUGGGGUCCUUUGACAGAGAUGUUUUAGACAAAAUGUAUAAUUGGUUAAAGGAUUCAAGGAAAUUACAGGACAGGUAUGGAAUUAUGAUGUUUACUUUCUGAUCCAGAUUGAUUGUUGUUUCUACAACUUCCGACAUGCUUAAGAGGCUAAAAUGACCUACAGAGAAGAGUGUAUGUGUAUAUAUUAAUAUAUACAUAAACACAUACAUAUAAAAUAUUACCCAGGUAUAAAUUUUUUUCAGGAUUUUUUAGAUAGCACUAGAAUUGAAAAUAAAUUUUAAAAUGUCAUACUUUAUAGUUUAAUUUUAAGGGGAAGAUUGGUUAUUUUCAAUUAUUAAGGUUAAAAGGCCAAAUCACUUUUUAUGCAAUCAUGUUUUAUACAGUGGUCUCAUUGCACAUUGUGUUUUUUCUGCACUUUUUAUGGUAUAUCACGCUGACAUAAGUCAAUAUACACCCUAAAGAAAAAUUCCAUUUAAUGAUUGUGCCUUGUAUUCUAUUAUUUCUUGCAUCCUUAGUAAAAUUAAGUUGUCUAUUGUAAAUGAUAACUAUAUGACUUAGGGGAAUGUAUUGUUAUAUGUACUGCUCUGGAAAAGAAAAGCAGUUAUUUAUUUGUUUAUGGUACAUUUAGUUAUUUUAUACCUUUACAAACAAACUUUAAUACCAUUUUCUAUCACUUAAAAAAGUAUUGUCCAGUUUUAAGGAAAAAAAUACAGAAGUAGUCAUAUUUUCUGAGAUCUGGUAUGGUACAAAAAUGUAACCAAAAUUUUCUGGUUAUACAUUAUUUUGGAAGUUUGGGUAGUGUGAAAGAUUUUUUUUUUGUGUGACCCUAACUUAGUUGAAAAAAUAAAUCUGAAAUGAAACCUCAAUU